AUGGCCCAAGUUCGGGACUCGCCCUCCGGCUCUUUGGUCCGCUGGAGCUCGGGAGGUGGGGGAGGAGCCUCUCCCGAGGAGGCGGCUGAAAAGGCGGGGGAAAUGGAGGAGGAGGCGGUGGGGGCGGCAAAGGCGUGUUCAGGCCAGGGAGCUGAGGAGACGAAGCUGGAGCCGUUACAAGAGCGUAAGCCUGCUCCUGAGAACUUGACGUGGAGUGACAGCGGCGACGAUAAGAAGGUGCUCCCCUCAACCCCCCCUCGCUGUUACAGCAGCUCCUCGCCCCUUUGCCCGCGCCGCAAGCCCCGCCCUCGGCCCCCGCCCCGGGCCCGCUCCCGAGGCCCUCCUGGCCUCUUGGCCCCGCCCCAGCCUCCAUCCCAUCCUCCCCCUCCGCCUCUGACCCGACCCCAGCCCUGGCGCAGACCGCGGCGUAGAUCCAGGCCGGGGUCUAGGCCCCAGAUGCUGCACAGCUGUUUUAGUGACCUAGGUGGCUCUGGGGAUCGAGGUGGUUUAGGGGACUGGUUGCUGGAGGUGGAAUUUGAUCAGGGACCUACAGGCUGCUCUCAUGUGGAGAGCUUUAAAGUGGCUAAGAACUGGCGGAAGAACCUGAGGUUGAUUUACCAGCGUUUCAUAUGGAGUGGGACCCCAGAAACUAGGAAACAUAAGGCAAAGUCGUGCAUCUGUCAUGUAUGUAGUACCCAUAUGAACAGACUCCACUCUUGUCUCUCCUGUGUCUUUUUUGGCUGCUUUACUGAGAAACAUAUUCACAAACAUGCAGAAACAAAACAGCACAAUUUAGCUGUAGACCUCUAUCAUGGGGUUAUAUAUUGCUUUAUGUGUAAGGAUUAUGUAUAUGACAAAGACAUGGAACGAAUUGCCAAAGAAACAAAAGAGAAAAAUUUGAAAUUACUAACUUCCACCUCAACAGAUGUUUCUCAACAGCAGUGUAUGGCAUCAGGUGUUGAAGAGAAGCAUUCAACCUGUGAGUCAAAGGAACAGGAGCCAAAAUUGGUGAAACCCAAGAAAAAGAGGAGAAAAAAGUCAGUCUAUACUGUAGGCCUGAGAGGGCUUAUCAAUCUUGGGAACACAUGCUUUAUGAAUUGUAUUGUCCAGGCACUUACCCAUAUUCCUCUAUUGAAAGAUUUCUUUCUCUCUGACAAGCAUAAAUGUAUAAUGACAAGCCCCAGCUUGUGUCUUGUCUGUGAAAUGUCUUCUCUUUUUCAUGCUAUGUACUCUGGGAGCCGAACUCCUCACAUUCCCUAUAAGUUAUUGCAUCUAAUAUGGAUUCAUGCAGAACACUUAGCAGGGUACCGGCAGCAGGAUGCCCAUGAGUUCCUCAUUGCAAUAUUAGAUGUGCUGCAUAGACACAGCAAAGAUGAUAGUGUUGCGCAGGAGGCCAGUAACCCCAACUGCUGUAACUGCAUCAUAGACCAAAUCUUUACAGGUGGCUUGCAGUCAGAUGUCACAUGUCAAGCUUGCCAUAGUGUCUCUACCACAAUAGACCCAUGCUGGGACAUCAGUUUGGACUUGCCUGGCUCUUGUGCCACAUUCAGUUCCCAGAGUCCAGAAAGAGCUGACAGCACAGUGAGUAGGGAUGACCACAUACCAGGAAUUCCCUCACUCACAGACUGCCUACAGUGGUUUACAAGGCCAGAGUACCUAGGAAGCAGUUCCAAAAUCAAAUGUAGUAGUUGCCAAAGCUAUCAGGAAUCUACCAAACAACUCACAAUGAAGAAAUUACCUAUUGUGGCCUGUUUUCAUCUCAAGCGAUUUGAACAUGUAGGUAAACAGAGGCGAAAGAUUAAUACUUUUAUCUCCUUUCCCUUGGAGCUGGACAUGACUCCAUUUUUGGCCUCCACUAAGGAGAGCAGAAUGAAAGAAGGCCAGCCACCAACAGACUGUACAUCCAAUGAGAAUAAGUAUUCCUUGUUUGCAGUGAUUAAUCACCAUGGAACUUUGGAAAGUGGACACUACACCAGCUUUAUCCGACAACAAAAAGACCAAUGGUUUAGCUGUGAUGAUGCCAUCAUCACCAAGGCUACCAUUGAGGACUUACUCUACAGUGAAGGGUAUUUACUAUUCUAUCACAAGCAGGGUCUAGAGAAAGAUUAGUCUUGCAAGACCACUUACCAGAAAAAAAGUGAAAGAAAUGAAUAUACAAGGAUCCAGAAGUGACACACAAACUUCCCUGGAAUGGACGAUGAUAAUACCCAAACAACAAUAAGCACCUCUUGAAAUUUCACAAAAACCUACCUGGCAUGUACAAUGACAACAGCACCUAUAUGACAAGUAGCACCUUGAUAUGAAGAACCUAUUUUACAUGGCUUGUGGGUCUGUAAGAGGAAAAGAAAAUACUAACUAGUGACCAUUCAGCCUUAAGAAAUGGGAGGAGGGAGAAGAGGUUGAAAAUGGUCACAUAAAGCAUAAUUAAAUGAACAGAAUGCUUUAGGUGGGAAGAGCGGGAAUGGAGAUGUUCUGCGAGUGCUAUAUGUCAUUUGUUUCUACAAAAAUACCAUGGGAAAUCAGGGAGUAUUCCUACAUUACCAAAAAACUUCACAAUUAGUGUUCUAGCUGUGACUGAUUAGUCAAAUAUUUUGAAAAAAGAAUAUUGUAAAAGAGAUUUUA